GAACUUUUCUACGGCGGGGCUUUGAGAUUGGCGAGAACCGAGGGCAUUUUGUUCCAAGACGGAGGGCAGCAGGGUUUCUGCUGUGCAAGCCAUUUCCAUUGCUUGUAUAUAGUCGAUCGUUUUGUUCUUUGCAGAUUUGAUUCACGCGCAUGGGCACCAUGACACUCAAUACACGAACAUGGGUGGGGGCCGCCCUCGCGCUAUAUGUAGCUAUCUUUUCUGUUACUGCAUUCUGUCAACCGCUCGCCUUGUUACCGCUGCGUCCAGUCAUGCAACCGGCCGCAUUUGCGCCUCACAACAUGGAAAUCGCCGAACAACCAGCACAGCGAGUUCAAGGAGCUGUGACUCUCCCAGAUCUCUCCAAAAUCACCAUUCCAGACAAUUUCAACUUGUCCCAAGCUGUCAAGGACAUUUUGGAUAAGCUGCCCCCCGACUUGCGCGCUCCAGGCUCUGUAUCAAGAGAUCGCUACAUUGUUGCCUUGCAUCCAAAUGCAACAUCCGACGACCUUAACAGCCAUCUUCAGUGGAUCAUCAACAUGCUCAGUGACACGCAACUUUUCGACAAGGAUACCAUCAACAAAUUUGCUGGCAUCCUCCAAAAGUUUGAUUCAGAGUUCCUGAGAGGUUAUCAGGGCCACUUCCCAGAAUGGCUUGUGGCCCUCAUUCAAAGGAGUCCCCUGGUGAGACUGGUAGAAAGAGAUCAGUAUGUCGGCGGGACACAAUCACCUGUAUCCAACAACCCAUAUGUGACCAUGACGGGAUUCUUGGCUGCUGCGAAUGAGAGUCAGACGGUUUUCCAGCGAGAUCCACCAUGGGGACUCGAUCGCAUCUCUCAUCGCGAGCCCGGUUUCCAGGGCCUCUAUGUGUAUCCACCUAAUGGAGGGGCGGGUGUGGACAUUUACAUUGUGGACACGGGAUGCAACGUGGCCCACGAUGAUUUCGGUGGACGUGCUCGCACUGGCGCCUCCUUUUCAGCGGACGGCGACAUUGACGGCAACGGACACGGCACACACGUUUCAGGUACUGCAGCCGGAGCAACCUAUGGCGUCGCAAAGGCUGCCAACAUUGUUGCCGUCAAAGUGUUGGACAAUGACGGGAACGGCCUUGUUAGCCAGGUCAUCAAGGGAUUGGAAUGGGUCUUGGGUCAAGUCCGCCAAAAUACAACGCGAAGAGCCGUAAUUAACAUGAGUUUGGGGGGAGGUGGCACAUCUGCAUUGAUGAAUGAGGUGAUUGGACGCGCGGUUGGAUUGGGUGUGCCUGUUGCCGUCGCAGCUGGUAACAACAAUACAAAUGCUUGCGAUUCAUCUCCAGCCGAUUCUGGCGUGGUCAUGACGGUUGGAGCCUCGACGGAAACCGAUCGACGAGCCUCGUUUUCCAAUUUUGGUUCCUGCGUCAAUAUUUUCGCACCGGGGACCAACAUUACAUCUGCUUGGUACACUUCAAAUACAGCGACUCGCGUAUCCUCUGGCACCUCCAUGGCCUCUCCCCAUGUUGCCGGUAUGAUGGCUGUCGUCUUGUCCCUGUAUCCGUCUGCAUCAGCUCGGGAUGUGUAUACCAUCAUACAAGACAUUAGCACCAAAGGCGCCAUCAACAAUGCGACAUUGAAUGCGAGUAUCAAUCAGCUCUUGUAUAAUGGGAUAAAUGGGACGAGGUUUGAUGGCCUAGGACGGUCCUUUGGGCUGACAGGCCAAUGGAAGUUGGUUUGGGAGACUGUACAAUCGGUUUGGAUGUAGUAUAGAGAGUUGAGGAUACGUUUUUUUUUUAUUUUGCAGGAUUCUUGUAGAUGGAUGUCUCUGACAGUUUUGUAAACAUGUAUUAUUGCAAAAGCCCGUUUUUUUAAAAAUGCCUCAG